UUGUUCCUUCAAACCCGAGAUCUGUGCCCAGCCAGACGCCCCUCACCUGAAGUGGAUGCCCCGGACUGGAACUCGAUCAUCCAUCAGCGAGGCGGGGUACGACGAGGGCCCUGUGCUAAGCACCCGUGAUCCUCCGGGGGUGCCCCCCCCCAAAAGCAGUACCCCACCAUGUUUAACCUAAUGAAGAAAGAUAAGGACAAAGAUGGUGGGCGGAAGGAGAAGAAGGAGAAGAAGGAGAAGAAGGAGCGAAUGUCGGCGGCGGAGCUGCGGAGCCUGGAGGAGAUGAGCCUGCGUCGCGGCUUCUUCAAUCUGAACCGCUCCUCCAAGCGUGAGUCCAAGACACGCCUGGAAAUCUCCAACCCCAUCCCCAUCAAGGUGGCCAGUGGCUCCGACCUGCACCUGACCGACAUCGACUCCGACAGCAACAGGGGCAGUGUCAUCCUGGACUCGGGCCACCUGAGCACCGCCAGCUCGAGCGAUGACCUCAAGGGCGAGGAAGGCAGCUUCCGCGGCUCUGUGCUGCAGCGGGCAGCCAAGUUCGGCUCCCUGGCCAAGCAGAACUCACAGAUGAUUGUCAAACGCUUCUCCUUCUCCCAGCGGAGCCGGGAUGAGAGCGCCUCAGAAACCUCCACCCCCUCCGAGCACUCUGCGGCGCCAUCCCCGCAGGUGGAGGUGAGGACUCUCGAGGGACAGCUGGUGCAGCAUCCUGGCUCGGGCCUCCCUCGGCCAGGGCCCCGCUCCCGAGUCCCUGAGCUGGUGACUAAAAGGUUCCCGGCUGACCUGCGCUUGCCCCCCGUGGUGCCCUUGCCGCCGCCCGCCCUCCGGGAGCUGGAGCUGCAGCGGAGGCCCACUGGAGACUUCGGCUUCUCCCUGCGCCGCACGACCAUGCUGGAUCGGGGCCCCGAGGGCCAGGUCUACCGGAGGGUGGUUCACUUCGCUGAGCCCGGCGCGGGCACCAAGGACGUGGCCCUGGGCUUGGUGCCAGGUGACCGUCUGGUGGAGAUUAAUGGGCACAACGUGGAGAGCAAGUCCAGGGAUGAGAUCGUGGAGAUGAUCCGGCAGUCUGGGGACAGCGUGCGGCUCAAGGUGCAACCCAUUCCAGAGCUCAGCGAGCUGAGCCGGAGCUGGUUGCGGAGUGGCGACGGACCCCGCAGGGAGCCAGCCGAUGUGAAGACAGAAGAGCAGAUUGCGGUGGAAGAGGCCUGGUAUGAGACAGAGAAGGUGUGGCUGGUCCAUAAGGAUGGCUUCUCGCUGGGCAGUCAGCUCAAAUCUGAGGAGCUCAGCCUCCCGGAAGGGAAGGUGCGCGUGAAGCUAGACCACGAUGGCGCCAUCUUGGACGUGGAUGAAGAUGAUGUGGAGAAGGCUAACGCUCCCUCCUGCGACCGUCUAGAAGAUCUGGCUUCGCUGGUAUACCUCAAUGAGUCCAGCGUCCUCCACACGCUGCGCCAGCGCUAUGUCGCGAGCCUGCUGCACACGUACGCUGGCCCCAGCCUGCUCGUCCUCAGCCCCCGUGGGGCCCCCGCCGUGUACUCCGAGAAGGUGAUGCACAUGUUCAAGGGGUGUCGGCGGGAGGACAUGGCACCCCACAUCUACGCCGUGGCCCAGACCGCAUACAGGGCAAUGCUGAUGAGCCGCCAGGACCAGUCUGUCAUCCUCCUGGGCAGCAGCGGCAGCGGGAAGACCACCAGCUGCCAGCACCUGGUGCAGUACCUGGCCACCAUCGCGGGCACCAGCGGGAACAAGGUGUUUUCCGUGGAGAAGUGGCAGGCUCUGUACAGCCUUCUGGAAGCCUUUGGGAACAGCCCCACCAUCAUGAACGGCAACGCCACCCGCUUCUCCCAGAUCCUCUCCCUGGACUUCGACCAAGCUGGCCAGGUGGCCUCGGCCUCCAUCCAGACAAUGCUUCUGGAGAAGCUGCGUGUGGCUCGACGCCCAGCUGGUGAGGCCACGUUCAAUGUCUUCUACUACCUGCUGGCCUGUGGGGAUGGCACCCUCAGGACAGAGCUCCACUUGAACCACUUGGCAGAGAACAAUGUGUUUGGGAUUGUGCCACUGGCCAAGCCUGAGGAGAAGCAGAAGGCGGCUCAGCAGUUCAGUAAGCUGCAGACCGCCAUGAAGGUGUUGGGCAUCUCCGCAGAUGAACAGAAAGCCUGCUGGCUCAUCCUGGCUGCCAUCUACCACCUGGGGGCUGCAGGUGCCACCAAAGAAGCUGCUGAAGCUGGGCGCAAGCAGUUUGCCCGCCACGAGUGGGCCCAGAAGGCCGCAUACCUGUUGGGCUGCAGCCUGGAGGAGCUAUCCUCAGCCAUCUUCAAGCACCAACACAAGGGCGGCACGCUGCAGCGCUCCACCUCCUUCCGCCAGGGCCCCGAGGAGAGCGGCCUGGGAGACGGCACAGGCCCCAAACUGAGUGCACUGGAGUGCUUAGAAGGCAUGGCGUCCGGCCUCUACAGUGAGCUCUUCACCCUUCUUGUCUCCCUGGUGAACAGGGCUCUCAAGUCCAGCCAGCACUCACUCUGCUCUAUGAUGAUUGUGGACACUCCGGGCUUCCAGAACCCUGAGCAGGGUGGGUCGGCCCGCGGAGCCUCCUUUGAGGAGCUGUGCCACAACUACGCCCAGGACCGGCUACAGAGACUCUUCCACCAGCGCACCUUUGUGCAGGAGUUAGAAAGAUACAAGGAGGAGAACAUUGAGCUGGCAUUUGACGACUUGGAGCCAGCCGUGGAUGAUUCUGUGGCAGCCGUGGACCAAGCCUCCCAUCAGUCCCUGGUCCGCUCGCUGGCACGCACCGACGAGGCGAGGGGCCUGCUCUGGCUAUUGGAAGAGGAGGCGCUGGUGCCCGGGGCCACCGAGGACGCCCUCCUGGAGCGCCUUUUCUCCUACUAUGGCCCCCGGGAAGGUGACAAGAAAGGCCAAAGCCCCCUCCUGCGCAGCAGCAAACCACAUCAUUUUCUCCUGGGCCACAGCCAUGGCACCAACUGGGUUGAGUACAAUGUGGCUGGCUGGCUGAGCUACACCAAACAGAACCCGGCCACCCAGAACGCCCCCCGGCUCCUGCAGGACUCCCAGAAGAAAAUCAUCAGCAGCCUGUUUCUGGGCCGGGCAGGCAGCGCCACGGUGCUAUCAGGCUCCAUCGCAGGCUUGGAGGGCGGCUCACAGCUGGCGCUGCGCCGGGCCACCAGCAUGCGGAAGACCUUCACGACAGGCAUGGCGGCUGUCAAGAAGAAGUCACUGUGCAUCCAGAUUAAGCUGCAGGUGGAUGCCCUCAUUGACACCGUCAAGAAAUCAAAGCUGCACUUCGUGCACUGCUUCCUGCCUGUAGCAGAGGGCUGGGGCGGGGAGCCCCGUUCCGCAUCCUCCCGCCGAGUCAGCAGCAGCAGCGAGCUGGACCUGCCCUCGGGAGACCACUGCGAGGCUGGGCUCCUGCAGCUGGACGUGCCCCUGCUGCGCGCCCAGCUCCGGGGCUCCCGCCUGCUGGACGCCAUGCGCAUGUACCGCCAAGGUUACCCUGACCACAUGGUGUUUUCCGAGUUCCGCCGCCGCUUCGACGUCCUGGCCCCACACCUGACCAAGAAACAUGGGCGCAACUACAUCGUGGUGGAUGAGAGGCGGGCGGUGGAAGAGCUGCUGGAGUCCUUGGACCUGGAGAAGAGCAGCUGUUGCCUGGGCCUGAGCCGGGUGUUCUUCCGGGCCGGCACAUUGGCUCGGCUGGAGGAGCAGCGGGAUGAGCAAACCAGCAGGAACCUAACCCUGUUCCAGGCGGCCUGCAGGGGCUACCUGGCCCGCCAGCACUUCAAGAAGAAAAAGAUCCAGGACCUGGCCAUUCGCUGUGUGCAGAAGAACAUCAAGAAGAACAAAGGGGUGAAGGACUGGGCCUGGUGGAAACUCUUUACCACUGUGCGGCCCCUCAUCGAGGUACAGCUGUCCGAGGAGCAGAUCCGGAACAAAGACGAGGAGAUCCAGCAGCUGCGGAACAAGCUUGAGAAGGUGGAGAAGGAGCGGAACGAGCUUCGGCUCAACAAUGACCGGCUGGAGACCCGGAUCUCGGAGCUGACAUCGGAGCUGACUGACGAACGUAACACGGGAGAGUCCGCCUCCCAGCUGCUGGACGCGGAGGCCGCCGAGAGGCUCCGAGCCGAAAAGGAGAUGAAGGAGCUGCAGACCCAGUACGAUGCGCUGAAGAAGCAGAUGGAGGUGAUGGAGAUGGAGGUGAUGGAGGCCCGCCUCAUCCGGGCAGCUGAGAUCAACGGGGAGGUGGAUGAUGAUGACACAGGCGGCGAGUGGCGCCUGAAGUACGAGCGAGCCAUGCGCGAGGUGGACUUCACCAAGAAGCGCCUCCAGCAGGAGUUCGAGGACAAGCUGGAGGUGGAGCAGCAGAGCAAGAGGCAACUGGAGAGGCGGCUCGGGGACCUGCAGGCAGACGGUGACGAGAGCCAGCGGGUUCUGCAGCAGCUGAAGAAGAAGUGCCAACGGCUGACGGGCGAGCUGCAGGACACCAAGCUGCACCUGGAGGGCCAGCAGGUCCGCAACCACGAGCUGGAGAAGAAGCAGAGGAGGUUCGACAGCGAGCUUUCCCAGGCGCAUGAGGAGGCCCAGCGGGAGAAGCUGCAGCGGGAGAAGCUGCAGCGGGAGAAGGACACGCUCCUCGCCGAGGCUUUCAGCCUCAAGCAGCAACUGGAGGAAAAAGACAUGGACAUUGCUGGAUUCACCCAGAAGGUUGUCUCCCUGGAGGCUGAGCUCCAGGACAUUUCUUCCCAAGAGUCAAAGGAUGAGGCCUCUCUGGCCAAGGUCAAGAAACAGCUCCGGGACCUGGAGGCCAAAGUCAAGGAUCAGGAGGAGGAGCUGGAUGAGCAGGCGGGGACCAUCCAGAUGCUGGAGCAGGCCAAGCUACGUCUAGAGAUGGAGAUGGAGCGGAUGAGACAGACCCAUUCCAAGGAGGUGGAAAGUCGGGAUGAAGAGGUGGAGGAGGCCCGGCAGUCAUGUCAGAAGAAGUUGAAACAAAUGGAAGUGCAGCUUGAGGAGGAGUACGAAGAUAAGCAGAAGGUGCUGCGAGAGAAGCGGGAACUGGAGAGCAAGCUCGCCACGCUGAGUGACCAGGUGAGCCGGCGGGACCUGGAGUCCGAGAAGCGGCUCCGGAAGGACCUGAAGCGCACCAAGGCCCUGCUGGCCGACGCUCAGAUCAUGUUGGACCACCUGAAGAACAACGCACCCAGCAAGAGGGAGAUCGCCCAGCUAAAGAACCAGCUGGAGGAGUCCGAGUUCACCUGUGCGGCAGCCGUGAAAGCUCGGAAGGCAAUGGAGGUGGAGAUUGAAGAUGCCAAUCUCCCGGGCUUGAUUUAUCUCUAUGACAUUUGUGCUCCUCAGCAGUUUUCAGGAGUGGACUGGCCAUGGGGCCGGAUGGCCGGGGAGCAGGCCAUCCCAGGGGAGAGGAGAAUCCAAGCCAAGAGAGCCUCGCACAUUCGAGGGGCCCUUCCCCGAGGCCUGAAGGGGGCAGAGUGCAUGCAGCUGGAGGAGCAGCUGAGCCGCCUUCAGCGUGAGAAGAACGAGAUCCAGAGCCGCCUGGAAGAGGAUCAGGAGGACAUGAACGAGCUGAUGAAGAAGCACAAGGCGGCCGUGGCUCAGGCCUCGCGAGACUUAGCGCAGAUGAACGAUCUCCAGGCUCAGCUGGAAGAAGCCAACAAGGAGAAGCAAGAGCUGCAGGAGAAGCUCCAAGCCCUCCAGAGCCAAGUGGAGUUCCUGGAACAGUCCAUGGUGGACAAGUCCCUGGUGAGCAGGCAGGAAGCUAAGAUCCGAGAGCUGGAGACCCGCCUGGAGUUCGAAAGGACCCAAGUGAAGAGGCUGGAGAGCCUGGCCAGCCGGCUCAAGGAGAACAUGGAGAAGCUGACCGAGGAGCGGGAUCAGCGCACCGCAGCUGAAAACCGGGAGAAGGAACAGAACAAGAGAUUGCAGCGGCAGCUCCGGGACACCAAGGAGGAGAUGGGCGAGCUCGCCAGGAAGGAGGCCGAGGCGAGCCGCAAGAAGCAUGAACUGGAGAUGGAUCUGGAGAGCCUAGAGGCUGCUAACCAGAGCCUGCAGGCCGAUCUCAAACUGGCAUUCAAGCGCAUUGGGGACCUGCAGGCUGCCAUCGAGGACGAGAUGGAGAGCGACGAGAAUGAGGACCUCAUCACCAGCGAGGGGGAUUCCGAUGUGGACUCUGAGCUGGAGGACCGGGUCGACGGGGUCAAGUCAUGGUUGUCAAAAAACAAGGGGCCUUCCAAGGCAGCUUCCGAUGAUGGCAGCUUGAAGAGUUCCAGAACGGCCCUCAACAGCUCCAGCAAAGAGGGCAAGGGGGCGGAGGAGAGGCCGGCCUCGGCGCUGAGCUCCCUGAGCUACCGGAAACGGCUCACCCUGAAGGACUCCAUCGGGGGCACCGGGGACGAGGACUCGCUCUUCACCGCCCUGAGCGAGAGGCCAGCCUCCCCCGAGAGGCCCCCCCGGAAGACCCGCACGCGCCCCAGGGAGGAGCCGGCCGAAGGCGGCUCUGCCGGCGCCGAGGCCCCGAGCCGCCUGGGCCGGGGGCUGGAGAAGCGGUGGGGCUCAGACUUCGACCGGGCCUCCACAGUCUCUGCCCCCACCAGCCGGGCCUCCUCGGCCACACGGCGUGGCUCUGGUGAGGACGGGGCGCGCUCGUCCAUGAGCUUCUCGCUCUCGGGCUCCCCCAGUUCGCGGCGCAGCGCCUCCCGCCUAGAUACCCUCUCCGGGACCCUCAGUCCUUCCCUGAGCCGGGCCUCGGGCCUGGGCCGGGACAGCCCCGAUUCCCGCCUGUCCCUGGGCCAGAGCUGCCUGGAUGCGUGGGAUGACCGAGCCAGUGUGGCCUUGAGCGAGGUCCACUCCCAGUACAGCCACCCGUCGCUGGCCCGCAGUCUGUCGGUGCCACCGCGGCCACGCGGCUCAGCCUCUGCCGCGGACGAGCCUCUCGGCUCCGGCAUCCGCCCGGUCAGCCGUCACUCCUACCUGGACCCCGACCUGGAGGCCGCCAUCAAUGAGGUCUUGAGCUACAAGCCCGUCCCGUUCCAGAGGAGCAGCCUGGAGCCCGACUCGGAGGAGGAUGACCGGAAGAGCAUCCAAAGUGUCCGCAGCGCCCAGCUGGGGCUCCCGGUGCGGGCGGCCAGCAUCCGCCGCUCAGCCUCGGCCGCCGACGUCUCCCGGCCCCGCAGCAGCCGCAAGGGCCGGAGCAGGAGACGGAGCAGCUCCAGCUCCAGCUCCACCUCCAGCUCCGAGGAGUCCUCGGAGCCCAAGCGGCGGAAGAAGGGGCGCUCGCGAAAGAGCAAGAAGAAAUCCAAAUCGAGAAGAGAGAGGACGGAGAGCGAGUCGGAGUCCUCGUCGACCUCCAGCGGCUCCACCGUGUCAGGCCACAGCCGCUCGAGCGUGAAGAAGGGCCCAGCUGCAGAAGAGGAGGCGGCGGGCCGGGCCGGCCGGCGGUCUCGGCAGUCUCGGAAGGAGGAGAAGCAGCGCAGGAAGGAGGUGGACAGCCUGAUGAUGCGGUACCUGUACCGGCCCGAGAGCGACUAG